ACCCCCGUUAAGAAUUUCGUCGUUUUGUUAAUUGUGUUUAGUGUUUACCUUCCCAGUUCCCAGCCAAAUAAUUUACAGUCAAAUGUCAAUGCUCAUUGCUCACUGGACUGUCAGUAGUGUGUUACAUAGUACUAAGCCGACAAGUUGAAACGGCGUGUGAGUUUGUGUACCCGCGCCCUAGUGAGUAUUGUUGAGUUUGUGAGCCGAUCGACACAGUUGCCGUAAUGUCACAGAGAUCAUCGAGGAAAGGCGGCGCGACUAGGAACACGCCGCAGCCUGAUGAUUCUACGGCAAGUGAGAAAAGCAGACGGACCGUGACUUUAAGUCCAACCCGAUUCAGUCGCAUCCAGGAGAAGCAUGAGUUGCAGAAUCUCAAUAACCGUUUAGCCGCUUACAUCGACCGCGUUAAAUAUUUGGAAACUGAGAACUCCAAGCUUACACACGAGCUCCACUCGUCCCAGGAGGUCACUACCCGGGAGGUAACUAACGUGAAAGUUCUGUUCGAGUCUGAGCUCGAAGAUCUGAGGAAUGCCUUGGACCGCGAAGCCAAGGAAAAGAGCCGCUUGGAGUUGGAAAAUCGCCGUAAAAAUUUGGAGACUGAGGAGUUAAAAUCUAAACUGGAUAAGGCCAACAAAGAACUUAAAGAAGCUACUCCUUAUAUAACACGGUUUAAUGAUUUAAACUCCAAAUUUGGCCAAAAUUUAAUUGAGAAUAAAAACCUAAAAGAUGCUAACAAGAAAUUAAACAAAGAAUUAGCAACAGAAAAGAAAAACGUAAAGGACAUUCAAAAGACAUUGGAAGAAGAAAUUCUACAAAGAGUGACUGCAGAAAAUAAGUUGCAAAGCUUAAGAGAAAACUUUAAAUUUAAAGAAGAGGUGCAUAAACAACAACUUAAUGACACUAGAACUAGUCGCCGUACAGAAAUUAUUAGUGAAGUCGAUGGACGUCUUUUGCGAGAAUAUGAAGAAAAACUACAAUCUGAACUCCAAUUACUACGGCAACAAGCUGAAGAAGAUGUUAAACGGAAUAAAAAAGAAAUUUCUGAACUGUUUGACAGCAAAAUUCAAAAUAUGGAAAAUGAAUUACAACGCAAAAAAAAAGCCGUGGAAUUAGCUCAGGAAGAUACUAAUACGGCAAAUGCACGUCUUAAUGAACUUACAACACAAAUAAAUGAUUUGCUGGCCUCAAAUAAUGAUCUUUUGAGAAAAAUAGCAGAUUUGGAGCGAUUGAAGGAUAGUCAACGGAUCAAAUAUCUAGCUGAAAUUCAGAGCCUUGACCAACAACUGACGGCUAUGCAAGAUGACAUGUCACAAAAAGUACAAGAGUAUCAAGACCUUAUGGACAUAAAAGUGGCUUUGGAUAUGGAAAUAAGUGCUUAUCGAAAAUUAUUAGAAAGUGAAGAAAGGCGUUUAAGUAUUACACCUAAUACAUCAGUUGUUGGUAGUCCGAGAGGCAAGAAAAGGAAAUUGUUCCAGCGUGAGGAAACAGAAUUUGAAACUUCAAAUGUUAUCACUGCUUCAUCAACAAGUGAUAUAGAAAUAAGUGAAGUAUGUCCGGAUGGACAGUUUGUCAAGUUGUAUAACAAAGGAUCCAAAGAAGUAACACUGAGUGGAUAUGAAUUGGUUCGGACAACGGCUGGCGAAAAUGUUUCUACGGUGUACAAAUUCCAUCGCUCAGUUAAACUUGGAGCUGGAAAUUGGUUGACAAUAUGGUCAUCUACUGCUAGUAAUCAGAUACACGAACCUAAUGCUGGAUCAAUCGUAAUGAAUACACAGGCUUGGGUUGUGGGAGAUUUAAUGGCAACUAUUCUUUUAAAUCCAGAAGGAAAAGAAGUAGCCACACACGAGUUAAAGAAAGGUCAAAUUUCCCACCUAAGAAGUGAUUAUAACGAUUAUGAAACUGAAUUGUUCCAUCAACCAGGUGAAGGACCAAGUGGCGAAAAAUGUGUCAUAAUGUGAAAAAUCUUUUUCUAGAACUAGAUUCUACCUUUUAAAUAACACACUUGUAGUUAAUCAGAGUUUAUCACAUGUUAAUUAUUGAUUUUUACUGUCAUUAAUUUUUUUUUAAGCCAAUUUAUUAAUUUUUUUUUUUUACUAAUAUUUAUUAUUUAACUUAUUAUUUAAAGCUUUUUUGUAUUUUGCUUUAUAAAUCUAGAUUAUGAUCCAUUCACAACUUGAAAAUUUAUUUUUAUCAAACUACUAAUUCUGUAAAAUAGUGGAAGAAAAAAUUUUUGUUAGUUUUUUUUUUUUUUUAAUUAAUUAAUGAGUUAACAAAAAUAUACUGUGACCAGUGUGACGUACAUUUAAUAUUUUUAUUGUACUUAAUAAAGUAUACAUUUAUGUAUAUUUUAUGUAUAAAUAUACUACGGUAUAUGUCAUUAAGUCAAAAGUUAAUUAUUGCUAUGUAUAAUUGUUUUUAAAACAAUAAAAUAUUUUAGACUUAAAAUGUUCUAUAUUUAUUUUUAAAUUUUCAUUUUGAAUAAUGGGUAUUAAAUUAUGUUUUAAGUUUAGACUGCACUAGAUAUAGGAUUUAUAUAUGUUUUUGAUUUAUUUCUCGGGUGUACACUAAUUAAAAAUUGAAUGCUUUGUAUUUCUGAUUAAUAUAUAAUAUAUUUUUGUAUACCUAAUUUUAAAAAUUCAGUUAUUUUUUUAAUAUUUGUUAUCUUCUUUAAAUUGCAUUAUGUUUUAGUCUGGAAAUUUAUUUUUUUUAUUAAUUUAUAAAAAUAAUUAAACCUUUUUAAACAUCUGAUGUGAGUAUUAAUUUUUUUGUUGAUCAUGUUUACAAGUAAUGGUUUUUCUUUAAUUCAUGUUUGUUUUACUUGUGUCGUGUAUUUGCAAAAUGGGCCAACUCCAAAAAAAAAAAAAAAAGGAAAA